AUGCAGACUGCUUCUACAAACAUUUAUGAAAGACUGUGCAAUAAGCUCAUCCAUGAAAUUUCCUUUCUACUAAAUAUUCCACAGUCAACUGUUAGUGGUAUUAUAACAAAGUGGAAGCAACUGGGAACAACAGCAACUCAGUUACGAAGUGGUAGGCCACGUAAAAUGACAGAGUGGGGUCAGCGAAUGCUGAAGUGCACAGUGCAAAAUAAUUGCCAACUGUCUGCAUAGUCAAUAGCUAAAGACCUCCAAACUUUGUGUGGCCUUCAGAUUAGCACAACAACAGUGCAUAGAGAGCUUCAUGGAAUGGGUUUCCAUGGCCGAGCAGCUGCAUCCAAG